AUGCAAAAACUUACAAGAUUUAAUAGUUUUAUCCACCAUUUCUAAUGUAUUAGAAACAUGAAGAUGCAAACUCAAACAUUUAUACUUCAGUCUUUCAUUUUUGUUUUAGUGUUUUUAAUCAUAAUUUCUUCCUAGAUGAUUAACAAAAGUAUGAUGGAUGAUAUGAUUUAAAAACUAACAAAAGAAAUAGAAAUAAAAACUAACUUAAAAUAGAUAAAUAUUUAAUCUCAAUUUAUCAAAUAUUAAGCUCAUUACCCUUUAGAAUAAGGAUUCAAAUUUCUCGAAAGCUUCAAUAAAUUGAAUUAAUUGAUCUUAAAAGACCAAACCACUUCAAUUAACUUAUUGCUUGAGUGUUAAAAGGAUGAGUAAAAUUUCAAUUUUUAUUCAAAGAUGCCUUUAUUUUGUUACAAAUUCACAAAAAGUAAUUCAAUAAAGUCAGAUGCAUAAUUAAUAAAUCACAUUGUAGGAUAUCAAGCCUUAUUAAAUUCCAUAUUUUUGCCAAUAUCAAUAUCAUAAUUUCAAAAGACAAUGUUUUUUACUUUUAUUUCAGAUGAAGAAUAUUUUGCAAUUCUUCCACCAAAAAUAGUUCCUAAUUUUUACAUGCCAUCUGCAAGACCAUGGUAUUAGGAAUAAAUUUAGAAAAUAGAGAAAACAAAAUAGAAUGAUAUAAUAGUGAUAUCUAGUAUUUAUCAAGACUUUGAAACUUAAAAAUAUGAAUUUACUUUAACAAAAGGUUUAACUGAUAAUUUAGAGAAUUUUCGUGGAAUAUUUGGUAUAGAUCAAACAUUAGAACAUUAUAGAGAGCUAUUAUUAUAUGAUGAUUUAAAUAUUAUUUUGGUUGAUUUGUAAGGUAGAAUGUUAUUAUCAAAUUUAAUGAUUGAACAAAAUAUUGAUUUAUCAAAAGAGAAGAAAUACAUCUAUGAAAUUGGUACAACUGGAUUUGAUGAAAAUGAUUGGAAAUAGAUAGUAAAUGAGGCUAAUUAAAAAGGUUAAGGAAUAGUUGAAUGUAGUGAUAAAGAUAUUAAAUAAUUUUGUAGAUACAAUUCAUUCUUUAAAUAAGAUCUAGUUAUAAUUGUGAUAAACAUAUCUAGUCAAUUUUAUCUGCUUGUGUAAACUAUCUUUAUUAACACAAUAGAUUUUAAAGUUUGGCUCAUAUUACUGCAGAUGUAACCAGAGCUAAAGAAUUGCAAGAUAACAUUAUGUCUGAAAUAACUUAAUUUUUGUAUUACUGUGUUAUUGUAGCUGUUAUUUUAUUGUUGCUAUCCUUAAUUAUCAUUCCCAUUUUUUUUAGACCUCUGCGGAAUAUUUAAUAAAUUAUUAAGACUCAAAUGAUAUCCAAAUUUACAAUUCAUUAUGAUCAUCUCUUUUUUAGCAAUAGAAAAAAAAAUUAAUUAGCUUUCUUUUAAGAUAGUUUUAAUGUGUUUAAAUAAAAACUAUUGGAUUUUACAUAGAGUAAAUCUUAAGAUUGUUAUAUAAUUGAAAAUUUCAAAUAUCCUAGAAAGUAGCAAAUAAUUAUCUCAGAAUUAACAUCUUAGAUUAAAUUUUAAAUAUUAGUAAUAUUUUAUAAUGUUAUUUAUAAGAAAUCAAAAAUAGAGAAUUAGUCUAAUUAAAUAAAUUAAAUUGUUUAAUCACCAAAGCUAUUCUGUGAUACCUUUCUUAAUUAUAGUUAGAGGAGUUAAAACAUUGUGAUUCAAGGAUCUCCAAGAGAUAUAACAUUUCGUAUUGAUUUAUAAAAAAAUUAAACUUGA